UGCGUUGUUGUGUAAAACAGUGUAAAAUCUCAAGACAAAGGACAAAAGUGUUUUAGGUCGGGAUGUCCUGAAUUUUUCUAUAAUUUAUAUUAAAACGCAUCUUUUGCCUACCUUAACUCAGUAGAGACAUUUUUUUUUAUCUUAGAAAAACAACAAGGGUACCCGUGUACUGUUGUUGAGCAUUGUGCAAUCAAAUACAAUGAGAAGACAUCAACCAUUAUUGAAUGUGCCCCCCAUGAAUCCGCCACCUAUGCCCUUGAUAGGGCCUAUAGCUCCGGAUGAAGGGAUGGGCGCUCAAAAUGUAUUGGCCGAAGCUGACAGCCAGGAGGACGUAAGCAGCUCACACAAUCAGAGAAACCAACGGGCGCGAGACCAAACGAAUCGCAGGGAAAGAGACAGAAAUGUUGCAGAGAGAAGGCGAUCCCGUUCAAGGGAAAGACAUGAUAGAGAUAGACACGACAGGGGGAGGCGGGAGAGAAGGAGUAGAGAGAGACGCACUAAGUGGGGAGAUGCAAAUGAACCUCAGUUAAAUCAGUCAGUUAUUGGAGUGCAGAUGAUGCCUAUGUCUGGUCAACCUAUGCCAGGUAUAAUGCCCUUUAUGAACAUGGUUGGCCAUCAGCCCACAGACUCUGCAAUCCAUGGAUUGGCAGCAAUGAAUAUGAUGCCAAAUAUAGCACAGAAUAUGAUGAUGAUGAAUCCACAAAUUGAUCAGAACAUGAUGAUGAUGAAUCAGCAAAUAAUGCCCAGCCAGCAGAUGUCAAACCAACCUAUAUACACAUCAGGUGGUAUAUUCCUGCCACCCAUACCCGGAGUAUCCACACCGGCGAGACGUCAGAGACCGAAUGGCUGUCGCACCAUAUUUGUUGGCGGGCUACCACACAACAUAACUGAGGAGACUCUCAAUGAAAUUUUCCAGAGGUUUGGUGAUGUGACAGAGAUCAAAACAGCCCGACGUGGGGUGUUUCAUGUGCGAUUUGAGAGGCAAGAGAGUGUCGAGCAGAGCUUCAGCGUCUCUGGGUACAGAUUUAGAUUCCAUGAUCAAGUGGACAGAGAGGCUACAACUAUGUUCAUUGAUUAUGCUUUGAAUCGAGAUGAUCAAAUGGAUUAUGAAAGAAAUUCACAUGACAGGGCUCAGUCACCUCAGAGAGUGGAGCCCUUUACAACUUCGGCGUUGGCUGCCAUUACAGACAAAAUAAAAAAUGAAAGUGAAUUUCCAAAAGUUGCACCUACUUUGGCAUCAUGGUUGGAACGGGGCGAGUGCAACAAAAAGAAUGCAAAUUCAUUUUAUUCUCUGAUUCAAGCAAGCAACAACCAAAUACGUAGACUGUUCAAUGAGAAGAUGCAGUUGGAUGAAGAUUUCAUGAACAUGAAAACUGCCAUGAAAGAAAAGUUUACUGUGGUUAUAAAGCAAUUCGAGGCGGUGGCCAAAAUCCUCUCGGCUGCGAAGCACCAGCGCGUUUCCGAUCACUUCACGAAGCAGCAACGCCGUAACAUCGACAUGUGGAUGAAAAUGACCGAGGAACUUGACAACCUGAAGGAAGAGUUUAAUGCCAUGUUUGAUGAAGAGGAGAUCGAGCGCCCUAGCAAGAAUAUGGUAUCUCUGGAAAAAUACGAAGACUUGAAGAGAGAGAACGAGAAUCUCACAUAUGAGUUAGAAGGAUACAAAAAUGAGGCGUAUCUCGCUAAAGACGAGGCCGAGAGAAAAUUCGAGACAUUCAAAGCCCAUUUCAUCGCCCAACAGGCCUUGCAAAAUAAAGAGGUGUACUCACACUCACACAUGAUGGGUACAAUGGACCUGCAAAAGCACAAGGUCGAAACUAUAACUUCCGCGAGCUCUGAAGUGGCAAAACCUUCUCCAACUGUCAAGGAAACCAAGCUCAAUGUAGAUGCAAUUGUACCCUUGUCAGACGCUAAGCUUAUCAGUAUCCUGACUGCUUUCCUCAUGGUUCACCCGCUAGGCGCUUCCCUGGACUACCUGGUGUCGUACGUCAAGUCCAUGGCUCCAGAGGUGACGCAGGCCACCGUGUUGUCUACUCUUCAGAAGUACAAUGAUGUUUUCGCGAGCAAAUCCACUGGCGUCGGCGCUAGCAUUGAAAACAAGUGGAGCUUCGUCACAUUUGACAGUAUUAAAUCAUAACUUUAUUAGUUUAGGAUGGUUCAUGGUUAAUUUAGCUUUUAUCUUGUUUUAUUAUUGUUCGUACACUUGUGUUCAAAAUUACUGUUUAUUUUUUAAGGAAUUUUAAUAAUGUAAUAAUGUGUAGUUACAAAUCUCCUUAUUUUUUUAUUUAUAUUAUAUAGUUUUAAGUGAUAAAUUACACGAGAGUUUUAAAUCUAGUAUUACGAGGUUGUAAAUAGUCUAUGUACUUAUAUUGUAUAAUCUACAGCUUGUCAAAAAAGAGCAGACGCCGAACACAAUUUUUAAAUCGCAUAAAAAGUACUAAAACCUUAGUAAUGGAAAUAAAUGUGUCAGAGUGUUAAUAUUUAAAGUUGUUCUUAAUAUUUAAUGUUCUCUGUGAAAAUACAAGGAGCUAAUUACCAUUCGAUCGUGAUUAUUUGUAGAAUUUAGUUCAGUCAUUCAGUGUCGACUCUUUCUUGACAUACUGUAUGUUUAGUACCUAAUAUUAUUAUGGUUAUAUUGGUUCACAGUGCAGUGCAACGAAACGGAACUGAACAUUUUUCAGAAGCUUAUUUUAACCGUCAACCUUUACUCUGCACAAAACUGUGCUGUGGCAUGUAAUGUUCAAUAUUUAAAUACAAAAUUAAUAUUCCGUAAAGUUUUGUCUCGGUUUUGUGUGAACUGAAUUUUUGAGAGUAUGUUAUAAAAAACUUGGUUGUACGAUGUACUCCAGAUCCAAUCAAAAAUUAUUGUAAGUUAAGUAUAUUAUGAGUGAAUUAAUUAAU